AGGCCGGAGCUGCUGAAAAACAGGAACUAGAGAUGAAAAAAGAGCAGAUUUCACAUGCACUCCUGUCAGACGACUUCACAAUGACACAGACAUGGAUCUGAACGGUCUACUCUUCAUCUUCAGCUUCAUCAGACUCUCAGGAGCUCAGGACGUCACUACAAUCAAGCAGAUAUGUGUUCAGAGAGGACAGUCUGUCAUAAUUCCUUGUUUAUAUCAUCAGAAAUACGCAUUUUCAUGCAAGUACUUGAGUGCUGGAUACUUUUGGCUGUUGAGUGAUUAUGUGGACUUCUCCGAUCAGAGAUGUCGUCGCAAAACAGCGUUGAUCUCAGACGACACGUCACGUCACAUCUUCACCGUCCACAUGGACGACGUGCAGGAAUCUGGCUAUUACUGGUGUGCCAUUCAAGUUCCUUCAGCUUUUGAUAAACGGGCAGGGUUUUUCUUGAACGUCACAGCAGACUCUCCUGGACUUCACGUGAACUCUCAGAACGUGAUGGGAUCCGAGAACGGCAGCGUCACCAUCACCUGCUACCAUCAGGGGCAAAGUAUUGUGAAAUGGUGUAAGUUUGGGGGUCAGUGCUUUACAGGAGCGUCUGGGACGUUAGACGGCGCCUCGGUUGAGAUCAGAUAUGGUCCGAGAAACACGACUGUGAGGAUGAGCGGACUGAAGAUGGAGAACGCGGGAUGGUACUGCUGCUCAACAGAAGAUCUGCAGAUGCCUGUUCACAUUGCUGUAGAUGAGAAUGAGAGCAAUAUGAGUCCGGUUAUGGCAAAGUCUGUUCAGAUCUCACCCGGCCCUCGCAAAAGGACGGCUAUUUUAUUUCUGUUGCCUGUGAUUUUGGAAAUUCUCCUGAUCAUAGUCAUUUACUCUGCACUGAGACUGUUUAAGUUUUGCAAAAGAAGAUUUUUCCAGUCGGUGAAUGAAGCGGAGGAGGGUCAGUACGUGACGAUGCACAGGAGUCAGUCAUCGCAUUCAUACGGCUGUGCUGAUGGGGAAGCAGUGUAUGAAAAUAUGGCCGGACUCAAAACAAACAGUGAGAUACCUGCUUCCAUUCAGAAAUCCACCAGACCAGCUCUGGUCAAAAAAAGUGAUUUAUCAAAAGUGUCUCUCAGAGAACCAGAUUAUGUGAACGUUUUGAAGAAGUGACUAAAUGAAUGAACUUCCAUAUUAAAUACACUGAUGUUAAUGUUCCUGAAAAAAGUCUCUUCUGCUCACCAAGGCUGCAUUUAUUUGAUAAAAAUAAAACUGUAAAAUUGUAUUUUAAUUUCAAACAGCUGUUUUCUAUGUGAAUAUCUGUUAAAAUGUAAUUUAUUUCUGUGAUGCGCAGCUGAAUUUUCAGCAUCAUUACUCCAGUCUUCAGUGUCACGUGAUCCUUCAGAAAUCAUUCUAAUAUGCUGAUUUGCUGCUCAACAAACAUUCAUGAUUAUUAGCAAUGUUGAAAACGUUGGAGGAGUGAAUCUGUUGUGUGAUUCAGCAGCUGUUUACUGGAGUUUCUCCAAUCUUAACCAAACCUGAGCGCUGUGUUGAAGAGACUGUAUGAAGCAGGCAGGGGCAUUUUAUUUAAUUUUAUUACUGUUUAAUUCAUUUAAAUGUGCCUUAUUCAGGGUUUUCCAAGCCACAGGGAACAUCUCUGCAAUUUAUUGCAACACCUUCAUUUAUAAGCCAAGGUCAUGGUUUUGAUUCCAAGGGAAUGCAUGGACUGAAAAUGUGAACUUGAAUGCAAAGUCAUAUUGGAUAAAAGUGUUUGCCAAAUGCAUUGAUGUAAAUGUAAAUACAGUUUGAAUAUCAGA